AUGGCCCAAGCCUACCCCAUUCUCCCGGAGAAGCUUCUCCUCAUCUCCCUAAAGAUGUACUUCACCCCAGCCCGCACCCUCGAAUACAUGCGCGGCCUCCUAGACCCAGCAAACGAAAUUGUCAACCCCGCCAACAGCUCCAAGCUCCUCCUGGCCCUAAUCCCAGACUUCCUCACCAUCUGGCCCUGCGCCGAGAUCCUAAAAGAAUAUGAAACCCAGCUUUCAGCAUCCGGAAAGCUCACCUCCGGCCCUCCUCCAUUCUUCCUCGGUGCUCAGGAUUGCAUGUGGGAGCAAAGCGGCGCAUACACAGGCGAGGUUUCACCUGCCUCCAUCCGUGCUCUGGGCUGCUCAAUCGUCGAACUAGGCCACGCAGAGCGUCGCGCUAUCUUCGGUGAGACAGAUGAGCAGACUGCGCGGAAGGCUGCGGCUACCUGUGCGCAGGGAAUGGUCCCGCUCGUCUGUGUUGGCGAGAUUACUGCGCCCGGUGCUGUCGCGUCUGAGGCGGUCGGUCAAGCUGUUUCCGAGUGCGCUGUGCUUAUUCGCGCCGUACUUGAUGCUAUCCCUGCCGAGGCACCGGUCAUCUUUGCCUAUGAGCCUGUGUGGGCGAUUGGGAAGCCGAAGCCGGCUGGUGUGGAUCAUGUAGCUGCAGUCGUGGAGGGAAUACGUGGUGUCAUCGGGUCGCGGCCUGCACGUGUGCUUUACGGUGGUAGUGCCGGUCCAGGACUUUGGGGUGAGGGUGGACUUGGUAAGGCCGUUGAUGGGAUGUUUCUUGGACGAUUUGCGCACGAAAUCGAGGGCGUGCGGAAGGUUGUUCGGGAAGUUGAGGAGAGUCUCGCUUGA